UGUAGGGCAGGCGGUAGCUAACUCCAGUAGAUGGCAGUAAUGCAACACUAAGGAUGCCAGCAUACCGUUCGUAUUCAAAGAAGAAGAAGAUGAAUAGUACUCUCACUCUUUAGCUCAGAUACACAACUAUAACAAGAUUGUGCGAUGGUUUUGACACAAAGACAACCUGCACCCACCCCGUAUGACCGACACAGAAUCCAACAUUUAGCAGGUGAAAUUUGAGGUUCCGCACAGGGUGACCCAUGCUUUCUGAUGAGCUCGACUCCAAACCAGAGCUGCUGGUGCAGUUUGUGCAAAACGCGUCCAUCCCGUUGGUGCAGGGUCUGGAGGACUCGGAGUCCAAACACCCCUGCCUGCCCCUGCCCCUGCCCCUGCUGUCUCCAGCUGAGAGCUCGCUGUGCAGCCCACUGGAGCUCACAGGAGGAGGCCUUAGCCAUGAGCCUGAGACUGCUCCCUCCCUGUCUGAGUUCGGAGGUGUGUCAGAGCGAGGCCCGUUAGUGGUCCAGACCCACUCUCAUCCACGUGCCUCACCCAGCCCCCCACCCAUCCUCCAUGACCUCCAACAGUCAGACAGCACUUCCUACGUACUACUGAACCUUGCCAAAGGCAUCACAGCCUCCUCAGAGUCCCUGAUCUUCGCCGCAGAUGGCGCCGGGGAGGAUGACGAUGAGGGGGUCUCAUCGGGGGACUAUGGGAUCGAUGGCAGUGCUCCCUGGUAUCUGCGGGUACAGGAGCUGGCACACGACAGCCUGAUUGCCGCCACGCGGGCACAGCUUGCCAGAGAUGCCAAGGCCAGCCAGGACGCCAGAGCUGCAAGCGUCAGUAACGGUGACCACACACACAGUUUGACAGCAGACAGGGACAAGCCAGAGCUGGCGUCUCGGACCAACCGCCCCCUCUCCAAGCAGAUCCUCCGCUGCUCGUUUGAGGGCUGCUGCAGGACGUUCACCUGGCCGGCUCAUCUCAAAUACCACCUCAAAACACACAGGAAUGACCGAAUGUUCCGGUGCGGCGCGGAGGGCUGCGGGAAGAGUUUCUACGUGCUGCAGAGGCUGCAGGUUCACAUGAGAACUCACAACGGCGAGAAGCCCUUCAUCUGCAAGGAGAAAAACUGUGGCAAGAAGUUCACCACAGCUGGAAACCUGAAGAACCACAGACGCAUACACACAGGAGAGAAGCCUUUUCUGUGCGAAGCAGAUGGCUGUGGCCGAUCCUUUGCAGAGUAUUCCAGUCUACGAAAACACAUGCUCGUACAUUCUGGUGAGAAGCCUCAUCACUGUGGGAUCUGUGGGAAGACUUUCUCUCAGUCCGGCAGCAGAAACGUCCACAUGAGGAAGAGACACGGAGAGGACGGGCUCAGCAGUGAAAGCAGAGAAACAGGAGAGGCUCUGACACAAAGCAGCCUGCUGGAGGCAGACGGCGAAAAUGGAGAUGGUAUGGUCACCAUGACAACAACUGUUGAACCCAUGAAUCUUCACCAUGCCAUGCUGAGAUCACCUGGCUCUGCCGACUCAGUGGUUGUUCUCUCUCAGCCACAUGAACUGGUGACCAUGACAACAGAAGACCAUGCAUAUGGAGAAGAUGUGGUGGCGCUGCUGUAGUCUGCCAUUAUGAAAAAUGUCACACACUGCGCUAGACUGACAGUCACAUUGGACGCAGACAUCUCAUUUGUAAAUAGAUGAAUUGCUGACUCUCACCCCUGUAGAUAUUUGUAAUUAGCAACCGAUGAUGGUUUUAUUUUGACAAGUGUCAAAUGGCAAAGUUUGUACAAACGACCUUUUUUUUUUCUAGUUUUUGAAAACAAAUACUCCCAAAGAAAUACUGAGACGGGUUCAAAGUUUAUGAAAAUAUAAUGUCCAUAUGUUCUUUGCAUUAACAUUGUAAACAGCAGUCUGGGGUUGAAAUGCAGUGAUGAUAUUCUCUAACGGAAAAUGAGUGCCACUUAUUUUUUUAUAACUUCAAUUGCUGAUAUGAUUGACUGUCUUUUUAUUUUAAUUUUAAAUGUACCAGACAUGUGUACACCCCAUUAUUACUAACUACCAAACACUUGAUACUAGAAACUACCAGAGCACAGUAUAUCACAUUGCUGCAUGUAAACACUGGUCACAGCACAACCAACUUAACAAGCCAGGCUGCCCUGUUAAAAACAUCUAUCUCAAACUAAUCGUGUAUCCAGUAAUGGCCCAAAGCUGCAUUAACUGAGUGUUAUGGGUAACAGCUUUCACUCUAAUGUCAACCUCCAGUGCUUGAUUUGUUCUCGGAGUAGGAAACAUGUUGCUCAUUUACAGCUCGAUACAUCACCACUUGAGAAUAAUCACUUCAUGAGAAAUUAAGAAUUAUUCAUGAGGUUAGCUCCUUCCUUAUGGAACACUGCAGAUGUCUGGGGCCGUUAGAUAAGGUAGUGCACGACGUUACCCGUGUUUGUUAUUGAGCACCACCUAAAUCAGCAGUGGCUGUUCCUCCCUUCUCAGUGGAUCUUCAGGUUGUGAAAGUGGUCCAACGUGGCGCCCAAUGCCCAGCUUGCCUCCACGUUGUUCACUUUCUUGGUCAACUAGGAGGGUAAAAAAAACACCAAAUCACUCAAAUGCCUUUUAUAUUUAUUGAAAUAAAAAAAAGUUAACAGUUUUUGUGUAGAAUCUUUCCUUUAGCAUGAAUUGUGCUCCUAUUUUAGAUCUGGAGUAUCACUUCUUUAGGUGAUUAUGUCAAAGGGUGUACUAGAAUUAAAAAAAAAUAUAUACGAUUUGUUUUUUGCAAAUGUCGGGUGACAGAAAAGGAUAACUCGCAGCAAUCAAUGCUAUGGUCUCCUUAUCUAAUGAUACUAACAAAUGCUCAAUUGAGGCUAUUUGAAACGUAACCAUGCUCGUGUCUUUUUAUGCAAGUGUAUGAUUCAUACAACUCUUAAGUCUGAGCUACACAACUUCUGACACAGUUGAUUUAAUAAAGCCUUACAAGUUUC